GAACUGGUCUGAGUGAUUUCGUGUCAGGCAGGCGAAUUUUCCAGCCUUCCACAUAAAGUGUCCAGGCCGCGCGAGGUUAACGUUCAAGAUGCAGAUCUUUGUGAAGACCCUGACUGGCAAGACCAUCACCCUAGAGGUUGAGCCCAGUGACACUAUUGAGAAUGUCAAGGCUAAGAUCCAGGACAAAGAAGGCAUCCCACCUGACCAGCAGAGGCUGAUCUUUGCAGGCAAGCAGCUGGAAGAUGGCCGCACCCUGUCUGACUACAACAUCCAGAAGGAAUCCACUCUCCAUCUUGUGCUGCGUCUGAGAGGUGGUAUGCAGAUCUUUGUGAAGACCCUGACUGGCAAGACCAUCACCCUAGAGGUUGAACCCAGUGACACUAUUGAGAAUGUCAAGGCUAAGAUCCAGGACAAAGAAGGCAUCCCACCUGACCAGCAGAGGCUGAUCUUUGCAGGCAAGCAGCUGGAAGAUGCCCGCACCCUGUCUGACUACAACAUCCAGAAGGAAUCCACUCUCCAUCUUGUGCUGCGUCUGAGAGGUGGUAUGCAGAUCUUUGUGAAGACCCUGACUGGCAAGACCAUCACCCUAGAGGUUGAACCCAGUGACACUAUUGAGAAUGUCAAGGCUAAGAUCCAGGACAAAGAAGGCAUCCCACCUGACCAGCAGAGGCUGAUCUUUGCAGGCAAGCAGCUGGAAGAUGGCCGCACCCUGUCUGACUAUAACAUCCAGAAGGAAUCCACUCUCCAUCUUGUGCUGCGUCUGAGAGGUGGUAUGCAGAUCUUUGUGAAGACCCUGACUGGCAAGACCAUAACCCUAGAGGUUGAACCCAGUGACACUAUUGAGAAUGUCAAGGCUAAGAUCCAGGACAAAGAAGGCAUCCCACCUGACCAGCAGAGGCUGAUCUUUGCAGGCAAGCAGCUGGAAGAUGGCCGCACCCUGUCUGACUACAACAUCCAGAAGGAAUCCACUCUCCACCUUGUGCUGCGUCUGAGGGGUGGCUGUUAGUUAUUGUGGACCUUGCUUUACAUUAUUGCCAUAGCAUUUGUUUUUGCACUGUAGCCCUUUAAUGUCUUAAUAUUGUAAGUUAAAUACAAGUUGCAGAAAAUGCUGAACAGUCUGUGAAUGCUAAUAAAGAUUUUUGUUGCACAUUA